AUGGCUGAGAAACCCUCCCAAAAAAUGGAUGAGACAACUCGUGAAGGAUUUUCUAAAACCAUGGAGUACUCUACCAAUCAAUGUCAAGAAAGUCAAUGGAAAGAAAGUAAGGGAAGUGACAACCGAGGGAAGACUAGUAACAGUUGGUCCUUACCCGCCGAUUCGCGUUCACACAAGCUCAGACGCACUUUGUUUACUAUGGAGUUUCUACAUAAAGCUUCCAACCAGGAGAGCAACACUCGAGAAGCAAAGGAACUUUCUCAUUCGGAAGGUGGGAGUUUUAAAGAGGCAGUUCAUGAUGAUGGAAAGAAGAAAGAAGUACCGUCCACGUAUGAUAAGUAUUACAUACACAACACAAAACAACAAAAUAGGGAGAUUCAUGACCGGAGUCUCGGUUUGUUUAACACCAGCAAAACCAUCAGUACUCACGUCAUCAAUGUUGGAGGAAAUGAGAGAGAUGGUUUCAGAAUCGAAGGCGAAAGAUAUGAAAAUAAUGAAAGGGGUAAAUACUGUCCUAACGCAACAAGAAUCAGAAGCUUGCACGUGGCCCUGGGGGAAUUGCGCAGAAUUAGUGCCGUGGGAAGCACUACAGGGACUGAACGGGAACCAUGUCGAUUUGUACACCCUCACUUUCACGUUAGAACAGGCGGAAGUACGGAACCCGUGCAUAAAAUGCCAGAGGGUUGCGGACUCAAUGAAUCUUGUAGGUGCGGCGGCGAUUCACCAAUGGUAAUUGAAGUCAUUGCAAACGAAUGUGAACGUAAUGUUUUUGCAUCCUAUAUUAACCAUGGGGACUGCGAUGUAUUAAAUAUUAAUUGCAUUAAACCGGGAUCAAGUCUUGAAGAUUAUGUUGAAGAAGUUCAAGAGUAUGGCUUCAAUCACAUAAUACUCAUUGGAGAGCGUGAGCAUGGAAUAAUUUUCCUAGAUUGCUAUGGUCGUCUUUUUACAUUAGAUACAAUGACUGGCGUAUUGUGGCCACUUGGAGAUAAUUUCGAAGAGGCAGUUAAGAAGCCAUGGACUGGCGAAUUGGCGUGGAGUGUUGAUGAAGCUGGGACUAUUUUUGAAGUCGAGUAUUAUGGCGCUAUUCGUGGAGAUAAAGAAGAUCAAAAACCUCUGAAAAUCGAAGAAACCCGUAAGAAACCCAAAACUAACAAAGGAAAAAAGAAGAAAAAUAAAAAGAGCAUACUUUUUUGA